AUGUUAUCGAAAUUUGCCUACGAUCACAUUGAUCCGAGUUACACCAGUGUGAACAACGUGCCGGAUGCGGUGAAAUUGUCAAAGCAACAGAAAGGUGGAUCAUCGCAUCACUCGACUAAACAUAUUGCAUUCGACGAGUACGAGGAUUACGAGCUAAUGGAUCGUGGCCGUCUCCCAGAUGAAGAGGAAGCAGACCUCUACCGUGUCCCUGAUGGCGCCGCCGGAGCCAACUUUGCACCAGUCGCCGUCUCCGAGCGAUGGCUCGAUGGUAUCAAAUACCGAGUCGGUGACUGUGUACAAUAUCGAGGAGAAGCGUGUCGACAGUACUUGUCAAACAAGUUUGUAAUGAUGACUAAUGAAUCGCGCGAAGAAAUGUACGAUAUCGAUCGAAAUCUUCGCGCCGCGAUGCUUUUUAUCAAUGGAGCGCCGACGAUAUCGCAGAAAUGUCGACAGUUGUCACAGGCGGUCGCUUGUCAUCAUAUGUAUAAAGUUUGUGAAUCGGAUACUAACAAUCAAAUUGUCUCGAUUUGUCGACACGAUUGUGAUGUCAUUCAGAAUGACGAAUGUCCAACAGAAUUGGCACUUGCCGCCCAACACGAAUUGGUUGGUGACACGCCGAAAGCACUGUUUCCAUUGUGUUCUCGUCUAUCGACAACGUCCAAUUGUAUUCCUGUUGUCAGUACUGCUAUGCAACAGAAUAACCCCCUGGUGCCCGAAAUUCCACGUGGCCAUCUCACUCAUUGGUGCUACGUGAACAGUGGAACUCAAUACGAGGGAACCGUCGCCCAGUCCUCUUCCGGCAAACAAUGCGCUCAAUGGAUCGACUCGACGUCGCGCGACUUCAACGUUCAUCGCUUCCCCGAACUCCAAAACGCCAAGAACUACUGUAGGAAUCCAGGUGGCAAAAAGAGCCGCCCGUGGUGUUAUACGAAGCCAAUGGGUCAAGAGGAGUACUGUGAUGUGCCACAAUGUCCGGGUGAUAUGUAUCCCCAUUUGAACGAUGCCAACAACAAUAAAAAAGUGGAGGGAUCGACGAAAGGAGGCGUCGGCGAGUCCGUUACUGCUCUCUGGGAUUCGUUGGAUCCCACGUCUCAAGUGGCGCUAGUAGGGGGCGGAGUCUUGUUCUCCCUGAUUCUUCUGUUUCUCUUCUGCUGUGCUUGCUGUUGUCGAGCGAAGAAGAAGUCGCAGAAGUCACGUCAUCAGAAUACUCAUUGCUCCAAUGCCCCGUCGUCUGUUAUCAAUAGUGCCGCCAAUUCAGCUUAUUACCGGAAACUUAAUGGAACAAGUACCCCAAUUAUGGGAAGAGGACCGCCCGUUGAGAUGACGUCACUUCUUCCCACUUCUCACAAUUUUGGACCGCCACCGUACCCAAUGGAUUUAGGAGGAGGACAACACCUUCAACAAGCACGACGAUUCCCUUCCCAGGAGCCGAUCGAUGAGAAUUCGUAUAAAGUUUUCGAAAUCACUCCGAGUCAAUUGAGUGUUCGUGAAAAGAUUGGAGAGGGACAGUUCGGUGUAGUGCACUCUGGAAUCUAUACAUCUGGAAUCUACGCGCCGGAACCGCUUGCCGUCGCUGUCAAAAAGUGUAAACAAGACGCGACGAACGCCGAUAGAGCCCAGCUGGAACAAGAGAUUCGUACGGUUGCCACGUUUGACCAUCCGAAUGUGAUUAAGCUUCUCGGCGUCUGCUAUAUUGAUAACCAAUUACUAGCUGUAUUUGAGUAUAUGGUACAUGGAGAUCUUCACGAGUUGCUGAAAGUCCGUGUGCCACCAGCGGAUCACGAUAUGGGCGGAAUCAACGAGGCGAAUGCGGAAUUCUUGUACAUUGCCACGCAGAUUGCACUUGGAAUGGAAUAUCUGGCGUCGAUGUCGUUUGUUCAUCGAGAUUUGGCGACGAGAAAUUGUUUGGUUGGGGAUACGAGGACGAUCAAAAUUGCAGACUUUGGAUUGAUGCGGACUAGCUAUGGAAGUGAUUAUUAUAAGAUGAUUCACCGCUCGUGGAUGCCAGUCCGUUGGAUGUCAAAAGAGGCAAUUGAACAAGGGCGAUUCAGUGAGGCAUCAGAUGUCUGGUCAUUCGGAGUGACCCUUUGGGAGAUCUGGUCAUUCGGACGUCAACCGUAUGAAGGUGCAUCGAAUCAACAAGUCAUCGAAUUGAUUGCGAAUCGACAUUUAUUGGAAUGUCCUCAUAACUGUCCGACGAAUAUUUAUAGUCUAAUGGUUGAGUGUUGGCACGAGAAUAUCGAGAGGCGACCGUCGUUCUCCGAGAUUCGAAGCCGUCUCCAAUCGUGGUCGUUGGCUAGUCCCGCCCACUCGAUCCUCCAGCAACAGCAUCAUGGAAAUCGAGCUGGAUCUCAUAGUGGUUCAUCAGGCGCCGGUCGUCCCCAACCCCCUCACCACCAUCAGCAACGUGGCUACCCGAGUCAGAAGUUGCAUCGACGUGGCGAAGGAGCGUCUCCACUGAUGAAACGUCACGACGCCAACUACGCUUAUUCAGAAGACGGCGAUUCGGAUUAG